AUGCUGACGCUUCGUCACCUACCCCUCGUACCCAAUCCCCGUCCUUCGUCAUCAAAACGUACCAAACAUCCCACUCCAACUCCCCUGCCUACCCCGCUACGCUCUCACCCCCCAUACGACCUCGUCAUUUCCCCCUCCGGGUUCCUUAACCUUAUCUCUCCUUCUCCGACUCUCAUUCCAUUGCACACUUGCAUCGUGGCCCUUAUCAUAUACCUCAUCACAUCCGUUCAAUCUUCGCCAGCAAAAGAGUAUAGUCCCUUUGGGCGCUCGACUCGAAUCACUCCCCUUCCUCCACUUGAUGACUCCGAACCUGAUUUCCACUCCAGCCCUUCGAGAGCACUCAAGCAGAACCCUACUGUCUUUCAAUCAUUCAGUUCAGCUUUGAAUGAUUUCCCUUCCUUCUCAUCCACCUCUGUCGGUGGGACGCGACAAGAGGAUUCGACCGAGGACCGUUACACGGUGAUACAUGAUAUCUUGAGAUGCACGGAUCUCUAUGCCGUGUUGGAUGUUGACAAAAGUGUAGAUGCCAAUGGUUUACGGAGGGGAUAUAUGAAGAGAUGCAAGGCUUGCCAUCCCGACAAAUUCCCAUCAUACCCACUUGCAACAGUCGCUUUUCAAAAAGUCUCCUUUGCCUACGAGACCCUUUCGACUCCUUCGUCUAGACGACUGUACGAUGCUCACGUAGCGGCCGAUAACACUUUCAAUUUCUUUCACCAUCAAUCCGGCGGGACAGGAGGGUUUGCAUCAUACAAGGCUGCGGACGAGACCCUCACUGGCGUACUUGUCGGCGUGUUUUGUGAUUUCAUGGAGGGCGACUUCGGAAUGUUGAGGACAUUUUUGAGAGCUAUGAAUGAGCUGAACCCCGCGCUGAAUAUUUCGGAUGACACGAUCGAGUCGGUCAUCCGCAGUUUUGCACGGUUACGAGAAAUACUGCUAACCGGUCAGAAAUACGUCCAAAUCGUUCGCUUCGAACUGAUUCGCUUGUACGAAAUUCAACACUCGCUGAGACAACUAUCGUACUUUGACGUGUGCGGGCGGCUAAGAUUGACCCUGCAGCUCGCGAGGGUAACGCUCAGCUUACCAUGUCGAAUAGAUAGGGCCAUGAUAGAGGAGGCGGAGGAAGAGGAAAGGAGGAUGGCCGCCGCUGCGGGCAUGAAUGCCCAUCAUGCCAACGGGAAUUGUUUUGGCAGAACGGACGGUGAAUGUGAGGAGUGCUCGGGAAAAGCAGGUGGGAGUAGAAGAGGGAGGCCGAGACGGAGAGGGCUGUUGCACCCGAGUGUCAACUCUGUCCUUGUCUCCGUCUGCGGAGUUUUGGAGUACGGGGAGAGGGCGUUAUGA